UGAAAGAAUUCAGCUCCUUGCGAGAAAGUUACCUGUGGCCGCCCAAGUCCGCCACUUUCUGCUCUGUGUCUGCCCAUUGCCACGACCCAGGAGGACUCCGCGCCGCCCGGCCGCCUCCGAGCUCGGGCCCCAUGUGAGGGGCCCCCCCUUAUCCCACCUUUCCGGCUAGGUGAGGGCGCGAGCGGGCGAGCGAGCGAGAGUGGUGAGGGGGGACGGAAAAGCAGAAUUACCUGUAGCUCUUGUUCUGCCAUCUCGGGCGCUCUCACACACCUUCACCUGCACAGACUUGAAAGUCCAGUUUCACCAGAGGCUGAGGCUCCAGGAAAAGGGGAGCAAGUUCAUUGGAUCAAACAUGUCACAAGAGUCGGACAAUAAUAAAAGACUAGUGGCCUUAGUGCCCAUGCCCAGUGACCCUCCAUUCAAUACCCGAAGAGCCUACACCAGUGAGGAUGAAGCCUGGAAGUCAUACUUGGAGAAUCCCCUGACGGCGGCCACCAAGGCCAUGAUGAGCAUUAAUGGUGAUGAGGACAGUGCUGCUGCCCUUGGCCUGCUCUAUGACUACUACAAGGUUCCUCGAGACAAGAGGCUGCUGUCUGUAAGCAAAGCAAGUGACAGCCAAGAAGACCAGGAGAAAAGAAACUGCCUUGGCCCCAGUGAAGCCCAGAGUAAUUUGAGUGGAGGAGAAAACCGAGUGCAAGUCCUAAAGACUGUUCCAGUGAACCUUUCCCUAAAUCAAGAUCACCUGGAGAAUUCCAAGCGGGAACAGUACAGCAUCAGCUUCCCUGAGAGCUCUGCCAUCAUCCCGGUGUCGGGAAUCACAGUGGUGAAAGCUGAAGAUUUCACACCAGUUUUCAUGGCCCCACCUGUGCACUAUCCCCGGGGUGAUGGGGAAGAGCAACGAGUGGUUAUCUUUGAACAGACUCAGUAUGACGUGCCCUCGCUGGCCACCCAUAGCGCCUAUCUCAAGGACGACCAGCGCAGCACCCCGGACAGCACGUAUAGCGAGAGCUUCAAGGACGCAGCCACAGAGAAAUUUCGGAGUGCUUCAGUUGGGGCUGAGGAGUACAUGUAUGAUCAGACAUCAAGUGGCACGUUUCAGUACACCCUGGAAGCCACCAAAUCCCUCCGUCAGAAGCAGGGGGAGGGCCCCAUGACCUACCUCAACAAGGGACAGUUCUAUGCCAUAACACUCAGUGAGACCGGAGACAACAAAUGCUUCCGACACCCCAUCAGCAAAGUCAGGAGUUGGGUGAUGUGAGUCUUCAGUGAAGAAAAAACCAGAGGAUGGACAGCUAAAUACUGGCACUCUCGGCAGCAUACGGCAAAGCAGAGGGUCCUUGACAUUGCUGAUUACAAGGAGAGCUUUAAUACGAUUGGAAACAUCGAAGAGAUUGCGUAUAAUGCUGUUUCCUUUACCUGGGACGUGAAUGAAGAGGCGAAGAUUUUCAUCACCGUGAAUUGCUUGAGUACAGAUUUCUCCUCCCAGAAAGGGGUGAAAGGACUUCCUUUGAUGAUUCAGAUUGACACAUACAGUUAUAACAAUCGUAGCAAUAAACCCAUUCAUAGAGCUUAUUGCCAGAUCAAGGUCUUCUGUGACAAAGGAGCAGAAAGAAAAAUCCGAGAUGAAGAGCGGAAGCAGAACAGGAAGAAAGGGAAAGGCCAGGCCUCCCAAACUCAAUGUAACAGCUCCUCUGAUGGGAAGUUGGCCGCCAUACCUUUACAGAAGAAGAGUGACAUCACCUACUUCAAAACCAUGCCUGAUCUCCACUCACAGCCAGUUCUCUUCAUACCUGAUGUUCACUUUGCAAACCUGCAGAGGACUGGACAGGUGUAUUACAAUGCGGAUGAUGAACGAGAAGGCGGCAGUGUCCUGGUUAAACGGAUGUUCAGGCCCAUGGAAGAGGAGUUUGGUCCAGUGCCUUCAAAGCAGAUGAAAGAAGAAGGGACAAAGCGAGUGCUCUUGUACGUGAGGAAGGAGACUGACGAUGUGUUCGAUGCGUUGAUGUUGAAGUCUCCCACAGUGAAGGGCCUGAUGGAAGCGAUAUCUGAGAAAUAUGGGCUGCCUGUGGAGAAGAUAGCAAAGCUUUACAAGAAAAGCAAAAAAGGCAUCUUGGUGAACAUGGAUGACAACAUCAUCGAGCACUACUCGAACGAGGACACCUUCAUCCUCAACAUGGAGAGCGUGGUGGAGGGCUUCAAGGUCACGCUCAUGGAAAUCUAGCCCUGGGUUUGGCAUCCACUUUGGCUGGAGCUCUCAGUGUGUUUCUCCCUGGGAGAGACAGAAGCCCCGGCCCCAGAACCCGGAGACCCAUCUCCCUCAUCUCACAACUGCUGUUACAAGACUAUGCUGGGGAGUGGGGCAAGGGACAGGCCCCACUGUCGGUGUGCUUGGCCCGUCCACUGGCACCUACCACGGAGCUGAAUCCUGAGCCCCUCAGGAAAGUGCCUUAGGCCUGUCGGAUUCCUAUUUAUUGUCCACCUUUUCCUGGAGUCCGGGACCAGGCCUUCCAGGACUCUGCAGGUCACUGCUAGCUCCAGAUGAGACCGUCCAGCAUUCCCCCUUCGAGAGAAACACUCAUCCCGAACAGCCUAAAAAAUUCCCAUCCCUUCUUUCUCACCCCUCCACAUCUCCCGGGUGGCUGGACAAAAUGAGCUACUUCUGGGUGCGGUAGUCAUAGGUGGGGCGAGAGGUGGAUGCCCACUUUCUGGUCAAACACCUUCAGGUUGCUCUGGGGAAGGUCGUCUUGCUAAAUACCUCCAGGGUUCCCAGCAAGUGGCCACCAGGCCUUGUACAGGAAGACCAUCGGCCACCGUGUAAUUAGUAAGUAACACAUAAAGUCUGCCUGUCUGCAUUGUACAUAGUGUUUAUAAUAUUGUAAUAAUAUAUUUUACCUGUGGUAUGUGGGCAUGUUUACUGCCACUGGCCUAGAGGAGACACAGACCUGGAGACCAUUUUAACAGGGGUUUUUGCCUCUGUGCCUGUUCAGGAGACAUGCCGGGCUAGGGAGAGGGCCUUUGGGAUGUUAAGGUGACUGCAGCUGAUACCGAGAUGGACUCUGCAGUGGGCAUACCUGGGGGCUCGUUCCCUGUCCCCAGAGGAAGCCCCCCUCCCUCUCCACGGGCACGACUCUCCUUCGAGGCCACCACGUUUAUCUCACAAUGAUGUGUUUUCCUUGACUCUCCCUUUGAGCUGUCUCGUGGGAAAGGCCAUCCUGUCUGAGACCCCAGCUCCUUCUCCAGCUUUGGCUGCGGGCACAGCCUGAGCUUUCUGGAGAGCCUCUGCAGGGGUUUGCCAUCAGGGCCCUGUGACUGGGCCUGCUGCAGAGCUCCUUGGCUAUCAUGAGAAUCCUGGACACUGUGCCGUGCCUCCCAGUUUACAAGCCCUUCAUCUCAAGUGGCCCUUUAAAAGGCCUGCUGCCGAAGUCCCUGAGUCGGCUGGCUGGGGCUUCCUCCUGGGCCACCAGACGGAAAGGGGCGAUUGUUUGCCUCGCUCCUGCAUGCUGGGUUUUAAGGAAGUGAGUGAGAAAGAAUGUGCCAAGAGACCUGGCUCCCGUGAAAACAGCCUCAGGAGGCAAACGGAGAGAGAAGCUGUCGUCUCCUGCUACACGCCCUGGGAGCUGGAAGAGAAAAACACUCCCCUAAACAGUCACAAAAUGAUGAACCAUCAUGGGCCACUGUUCUCUUUGAGGGGACAGGUUUAGGGGUUUGCGUUCGCCCUUGUGGCCUGAAGCACUAGCUUUUUGGUAGUUAGACACAUCCUGCACCCAAGGCCCUGGGUCUAGGACAGGUUCUCUACAACGGCCCAGAUUUGUUUGUAAAGCACUUUGACUCUUACCUGGAGGCCCCUUCUCUCAGGGCUUCCUGCGCUCCCGCCUCAUCUGCCCCUGAGAUGCAGAGCAGGAUGGAGGGGCUGCUUCUAGCUCAGCUGUUUCUCCUUGAGGUUGCGGAGGAAUUGAAUGGGACAGAGAGCAGGUGCUGUGCCCAAGAAGAUCUCAGAGCGGCAGUGAGGGGUCACCUUUCUGUGUGUCCUCUGGGCAUGUUAACCCUUCCUGUGGUGCCAAAGGUUUGCAUCGUGGAUCCAGCUGUGCUCCAGUUUGUCCCCUCCUCCUCCACUCUGACUGCCACGCCCUGGACCAGCAGCUUGGGGACCCUCCAGGGUACUAAUGGGGCUCUGUUCUGAGAUGGACAAAUUCAGUGUUGGAAAUACAUGUCAUACUAUGCACUUCCCAUGCUCCUAGGGUUAGGAAUAGUUUCGAACACGAUUGGCAGACAUAACAACGGCAAAUACUCGGGCUGGGGCAUAGGACUCCAGAGUAGGAAAAAGACAAAGAUUUGGCAGCCUGAUACAGGCAACCUACCCCUCUCCCUCCAGCCUCUUUAUGAAACUGUUUGCCAGUCCUGCCCUAAGGCAGAAGAUGAAUUGGAGAUGCUCCACAUGUUUCCUAAGUCCUUGAGCAAUUAUGGUGGUGACAAUUGCCACAACAAGGGAUUUGAGGCCAGUGCCACCAGAGGGUGGUGGCGAGUGCCACAUCCCUUUCGAUCUGUUCCCCUCUGCGUCUUCGGAGCACCCCAGCUUGCCUUUGAUGUGUACGCUGUGUAUGUUAGCUGAACUUUGAUGAGCAAAAUUUCCCGAGCAAAACACUCCAAAGAGAUAGGAAAACUUGCCGCCUCUUCUUUUUUGUCCCUUAAAUUAAUCAAACUCAAAUAAAUAAGCUUAAAAAAAUCCGUGGAAGAUCAUGGACAUGUGAAAUGAACAUUUUUCUUUUCUUUCUUUCUUUUUUUAAACAAAGUCUGAACUGAACAGAACAAGAGUUUUUCCUCAUACAUAUCCAAAUUGUUUAGACUUUAUGAGUGUUUAGAAGUUGAGACCAACAGAAAAAUGCAGUCAGAUGUCAUCUUGGAAUUGGUUUCUAAAAGAGUGAGGCAUGUCCCUGCCCAGAAACUUAGGAAGCGUGAAGUGAAUCAAAUGUUUAUUUUCCUUCUUAUUUAAAAUCAUGAAAACGCAACAGAAAUAGAGGGUUUGUGCCAAAUGCUAUGAACGGCCCUUUCUUAAAGACAAGCAAGGGAGAUUGAUAUAUGUACAAUUUGCUCUCAUGUUUUAAAAAAAAGGUAAAUGUAACUUAAUAGUUUUGUAAAUGGGAGAGGGGGAAUCUAUAAACUAUAAAUACAGUUAUUUUAUUUUUUGUACAUUUUUAAGAAGAAAAAAAUAAAUAUUCAUAACAUAAGAGUAAAA